UCCCCCUCAGGUUUUUGCUGUUCGGUCUGGUGGAGCCACUGGGGUGGUCGUCAAAGGACCAGAUGACCGGAACCCCAUUUCCUUUAGAAUGGAAGACAAAGGAGAAGUGAAGUGCAUUAAGUUUUCCUUAGAAAAUAAGAUUCUGGCUGUGCAGAGGACCUCGAAGACCGUGGAUUUUUCUAACUUGAUCCCUGAUAACUCUCAGCAGGAGUACACACAGGAGUGCAAGACCAAGAAUGCCAACAUACUAGGAUUCUGCUGGACCAGUUCAACUGAAAUUGUCUUUAUAACCGAUCAAGGAAUUGAAUUUUACCAGGUUUUACCCGAGAAGCGCAGCCUGAAGCUCCUGAAGAGCCAGAGCCUCAAUGUGAACUGGUACAUGUACUGUCCCGAGAGCGCCGUCAUCCUGCUCUCCACCGCCGUCCUGGGCAACGUUCUGCAGCCUUUCUACUUCAGGGGUGUCACCAUGUUGAAGCUGCCCAAGUUUGAGAUUGAACUACCAACGGCACCCAAGUCAACAAAACUUAGCCUUUCGGAAAGAGAUAUCGCCAUGGCUACAAUAUACGGGCAGCUCUACGUGCUGUACCUGAGACACCAUUCCCGCACCUCCAACAGCACCGGUGCCGAAGUCGUCCUGUACCACCUGCCAAGAGAAGGCGCCUGUAAAAAGAUGCACAUACUGAAGUUGAAUAGGACGGGCAAGUUCGCCCUGAACGUGGUGGACAACCUGGUCGUCGUUCACCACCAGGACACAGAGACGUCGGUCAUAUUCGACAUCAAGCUGAGGGGCGAGUUUGACGGGGCGCUUACCAUCCACCACCCGGUGCUGCCGCCGAGAUCCAUUCAGCCCUACCAGCUCCCCGCCGCAGGUCCUGCUUCUGUGACCAGCCAGUCUCCUGUUCCCUGUAAACUCUAUUCUUCCUCUUGGAUUGUCUUCCAGCCCGACAUCAUCAUCAGUGCCAGCCAAGGUUACCUGUGGAACCUCCAGGUGAAGCUGCAGCCCAUCGUAAACCUCGUGCCCGACAAAGGAAGGCUGAUGGACUUCCUCCUGCAGAGAAAGGACUGCAAGAUGGUCAUCCUGUCCGUCUGCUCGCAGAUGCUGAGUGAGGCAGACAGAGCCACGCUGCCUGUGAUGGCCACUGUGUUUGAUAAGCUCAACCAGGAGUAUAAAAAGUACCUGGACGCGGAGCAGAGUUACACCGCGGCAGUAGAAGCAGGACAAAGUCGAAGUAACCCGCCCCUAAAAAGGCCUGUGCGGACGCAAGCCGUUGUUGACCAGUCCGACAUGUACACCCACGUCCUGUCUGUGUUCGCGGAGAAGAAGGAGAUGCCGCAUAAGCUGGUGGUCUCCGUCCUGAUGGAGUACGUCCGCUCCCUCAACCAGUGUCAGAUUCCAGUGAAGCAUUAUUUACAUGAACUGGUUGUCAAAACCCUCGUCCAGCACAACCUCUUUUACAUGCUGCAUCAGUUCCUGCAGUACCACGUCCUCAGUGACUCCAAACAUCUGGCCUGUCUGCUCCUGUCCCUGGAAAGUUUUUAUCCUCCGGCGCAUCAGCUCUCUCUAGAUAUGCUCAAGAGACUGUCAACAGCAAAUGAUGAGAUCGUAGAAGUGCUUCUCUCCAAACACCAAGUGUUAGCUGCCUUGCGGUUCAUCCGGGGCAUUGGUGGCCACAUUUCUGCACGGAAAUUCUUAGAUGCUGCAAAGCAGACUGAAGACAACAUGCUGUUCUACACUAUAUUCCGGUUUUUUGAGCAGCGGAACCAGCGUUUGCGAGGGAGCCCCGAUUUCACGCCAGGCGAACACUGUGAUGAGCAUGUUGCCUUUUUCAAACAGAUUUUUGGAGACCAAGCUGUGAGGCCCACCACACUCUGAAAUAAAUCACUUCCUAUUUUAAUGUGUACAAAGUUAAUUUAUUGCAUUAAUAAAGCUCUUUAAAGUACAAAAUGUUAUAAUAAAAGUAUCUCUACAGUG